AUGGCUCGCCCUUCUCGAUUCAACCAACCCAGUAAUGCUGACGAAGCACCAGCUCCAAGGCCGUCAUCAAAUCCAUCAGCUUCUACCUCCCGAGAAAAUACAAAUCCGGAUGAUAACCUACCAGAACCGGCAAAUCCGACUCCUGGUCCGUCUCAGCCACAGGCAUCAACCUCAGCGGUCACCGGGCCGACUUCUGCCUUGACAUCUUUCUUAAAAGAACAAGGGAUCCGAGCUAGGAAUGUGAAUCGUUUCACGCCUAUCCGCCAAAACGCAUCAACUUCCACGGCGAACGCGGCUAUCCCAGAGGUGCCUGAAGAGGCUUCGAAUGCUUCAAGUGACUCAGAGCCAGAUUCAGAUAACUUGGACGAGAAACCUGAGAAGAAGCAGAAAAUUAAGAAGCCCACAAAAACAAAUGAACUAUUUUCCGCCUCGAAAGCAGUAGCCUCCUCAUCCAAAAAGAAAAACGACAAACCUGAAGAUCCUGAACCAUCUAAACCCAAGCCAGGGAAAUACGCAGAUCGGAAACCAGGCCUCAUCACGACCUGCGCCGAAUGUGGGAAGCGCUUUACAGUUACUCGGUAUACGAUUAGUGCACCUGGUCAACCGGGUCAACUUUGUGAUGGCUGUGCCCAAGAAGUCGCGAAGAAUCCCAAAACCCCUGGGAAGGAUAACAAUCUUCCGACCCCAGCCCCUAAGAAACGCAAGACAACGAAAAAUCAAGUCCUCAGACAACCUUGGUCUGAGAGCUCGAUCCAAACCUUACAAAUGGCAUGUAUUAACAUCAUCGCCCGUAACAUCCAAUGCGUUGAAGAACUUGGCAAUAUAGGCAGUGUCAACCUCGAAAAAAUUUGCCAGAUUGUCUGCAAGCAUCGUGAAUUAACCCCAUCGAAUCUCGCCUUGUUUGUAGACGCUGCUUAUUCUGAUUUGAAACUGUAUGACUGUAUCAAUUUACGCGAGUCACACUUGACAAGUAUUGCGUUUUUUUGCCCUCGGCUUGAAAGAUUGACUUUAAAUCUAUGUGGUCAUAUGACUGGAGACGUCCUACAGACCUAUGUUGAACGACUACCUAGACUCCGAGAGCUCGAUCUUUUCGGACCCUACCUUAUUCGAAAGCCAGAAUGGCUUAAAGCGUUCGAGACUUGGAGUAAACCCAGGCUUGUUAGUGAACGACAGCUCCAAGACGUAGACCCAGAUGAAAUGGCUGUGGAUGAUGACGAAAAUGGUAAACAAGUGGAGUUAAUCCAAGCGCCGCAAAUCCAAGGUUUUCGUUUGAAACAAUCUCCGCGAUUCGAUAUCGAUUGCGUCAAGGCUCUCGUCAGCUCUUGCAGUAACUUGACCUCCUUACGGUUAAUCGAUAUCGGCCUCAUGAACGAUAACACCCUAGAAAUCAUUGCGCAAGCUGGCUUAAAAAAACUCACAGACUUGUCGAUCGCGAAUGCAGGUAUCCACAAUGGUGCAACAGGUGAAGCUUUAACCGAUGUUGGGGUGACAAGUCUUUUAAAAUCGGUGGGAGGAACGGUCGAACAGUUAGAUAUCAGUCAAAAUAAGAAAUUGACCGAUGCCGUCUUGGAAGGCAUUCAAAACUUCUGCCCUCGAUUAACUUAUCUUGACCUCAACGGCUUGAAAGAACUUUCGACGAAGGGAAUCCAAGAACUGUUCAACAAAUUCAAAGAAACUGAAGCACCCGGUCUCAAACAUCUCAACCUAUCUCGUUGUAUCAAAGUUGGGAAUGAAGCGGUCUAUUCGAUUCUAGAUCACUCGGCCAGAAAUUUGCGGAUUCUAAAUUUGAACAGUGUUGACGAACUUCGUGCCGAGGCCCUCGAGAGGUUGGCUCGAGAAGCGACCAAUCUCGAAAACUUGGAUGUCAGUUUUGUUAGAGAUGUGGAUGAUUUUAUUAUCAAGGCUUUCCUAGACCACAUGAAGAACCUCAAAAGCUUAUCCGUUUAUGGUAACAAUCGGGUCUCGGAUCUGUGUCCUAUGAGGAAAGGUGUGACAAUCAGAGGACAAGAGCGCUCAAUUGUCGUCACUUGA